UGCAACCUGGCAGAAGACUUUGACUCUUCUUUGUCAGAAAACCCAGCAAAGACCAGAGGAGUUUUUAAGGGGGAAAGGGAGAGUCCUGCACCACAACCAAGCAACCAAGUCCACACGAUCAACUGACUCAUCAGAAAGAACCAUGGGUGGUAAAAACUCAAUUCAACAAGGCCUGAAUGCUGAUGAAAAAACCACACUUGACAUUGCUGUCACAGGGGUGCAGGGUGCCGGUAGAUCAUCCCUUGUCAAGGCCCUGCGGGGUCUGUUGAUUUUUGAUGAGGCUGCAGCUGAAAUCGGUGUGAAACAACCUGCAGUAAAGCCAGUGGGUUAUCCACAUCCUGCUUUUCCAGAUGUGACAAUAUGGGACCUACCAGGAAUUGGGACACCUGAUUUUGAAAUAGAGGAAUAUCUACAAAAUGUAAAUCAUAGCCAAUACGAUUUCUUCAUAAUUGUUGCCUCUGAGCAUUUCACUAUCUAUGACAUCCAGCUGUCCCAUGCAAUUCAGAAAAUGAAGAAGCAGUUCUAUUAUGUGCACUCCAAAAUGGAUGCCAGAAUUGAGACUCAAAAACAAAAUCCAGAAUUCAGUGAGGAAGCAACCCUUCAGCGAGUUAGGAAAUAUUGCCUUGAUACCUUAGUGGAGACAGGUAUUGUUCCUUUGCAGGCUUUCCUCAUCUCUAGUUGGUACCCGGAUAAGUAUGAUUUUCCCCUCCUGCAAAGGUCUUUACAGAAUAAAAUUGAAGGACUCAGAAAGUGUAUCUUAAGACCAGCUGAAAACAGAAGCCCUGACAGAUCAGCCCAUCAAAGUCUGAAUGUGCUGAACAUUGCUGUCACAGGGGUAUCAGGUGCUGGUAAAUCAUCCUUUGUGAACUCCCUGAGAGGGCUGUCCGAUUUUGACGAAGAUGCCGCCCCAACUGACGUAAUAGAGGAAAGAAAAGAGCCGAAGGGUUAUCCACACCCCACCUUUCCACAUGUAAUAAUAUGGGACCUACCAGGGAUUGGGACAUCUACAUUUAAAGCUGAGGACUAUCUAAAGAAGGUAAAUUACAGCCAGUAUAAUUUCUUCAUCGUUGUGGCUUCAAAUCACUUCACUGAACAUGAUGCCCAGCUGUCCCGUGCAGUUCAGAAAAUGGGGAAGCGGUUCUACUACUUGCGCUCCCAGGUGGAUGUCAGCAUCAAGAAUGAAAAAAUAAAACCCAACUUCAAUGAGGAAGCAACCCUUCAAAAAAUCAGGAAAUACUGCCUCGAUAAUUUGGUGCAGGCUGGCAUUUCUUCAACAGAGGUUUUCCUCAUCUCCAGUUACUAUCGAGAAAAGUAUGAUUUCCCCCACCUGCGAGAGAUCUUAGAGAAUGAGAUGGAGGACUUUGAGAAACGUGCUUCAGCAGUGGGAAACGAGAGUCGUAAGAGCUCAAUUGUACAGUUUCCAAGAAUUGGAAUUCACUGUUUCCUCGCAAAUGCAGACUUUAUAUCAGACCUCGUGAAGCUGAAAGUCUGGGUGGCACAAAAAAGUAUUGAAGAGGUAAAAGCUGAAAUGUGUCAAUCAGUCGAUCAAUCAAUUAGCCUUAAUUGGCAUAAUGAAAUGUAUCAAGAAUUGGAAUCAAUAGAAAAUACCAAGCUUAAUAUUGCAGUCACAGGGGCUUCAGGUACUGGCAAGUCAUCCUUUGUCAAUGCCCUGCGAAACAUGACUGAUCAUGAAGAUGGUGCAGCCAAGACGGGAUCCGUGGAAACAACCAUGAAUACUGAUGGAUAUCCUCAUCCUUUAUUUCCAAAUGUAACUUUAUGGGAUCUACCAGGUGUUGGGACAAAGAAAUUUCAACCAAAAAACUACCUGGAGACUGUAAAUUUUAGCAAGUAUGAUUUCUUCAUAAUAGUUUCCUCAGAACGCUUCACUGUGAAUGAUGCCAUGCUGGCCGAAGAAAUUCAGAAAAGGGAGAAAAAGUUUUACUAUGUGCGUUCCAAAAUGGAUGUCAGUAUAGCUGCUGAAGCUAUGAACCCCAACUUCGAUAGGGACCAAACAAUUGAGGCGAUAAGGACCUACUGCUGUGAGAAUUUGAAAAAGGAAGGAGAGACUCCUCCAAGGGUUUUUCUUGUCUCCAGGAGAGAUUUGAGCUUGUAUGAUUUCCCACUCCUGCAAGAGGCCUUCGAAAAUGACCUGGAUGACCUCAAGAGGCAUGCUUUUAUUUCAUCUCUGCCAGUGUUCUCAAAAAAAAUCAUAAAAAAGAAAAAGGCUGCUAUGGAAGACCUUAUAUGGAAAGUAGCCACCAAAUCUUGUACCAUUGCAAUGGUUCCUCUCCCAGGACUCUCUCUUAUCUGUGAUCUUGACAUCUUGGUGUCAACCAUGAAAUUUUUCUGCAUGGUCUUUUGCUUGGAUGAGGAUUGCCUACACAGAGUUGCAAAACUGGGAAAAAAAGAUUACGACGUGUUGAAAUGGGCUAUCAAAAAGUCUCCACUGUCUAGCGAGAUCACUGCAGAAUUUGUAAAGGGCCACUUGGAAGAGUCACUGUUGUGUUCAACUGUGAAGACAGCCCAAAUAGUCUUGGAUUUUAUACCUCUGUUGGGCUUUCUGGCUGGUGGACCUAGUUCUUUUAUUACAACAUUCCACAUGCUGAAAAAGUUUCUGAAAGACCUGGUAGAAGAUGCUGAGAAUGUUUGGGCAAAAGCGGCUGAGCCUUGACCAUUACAAUAUCAUUUCACAAAGAUCCAAGUUUGGAAGGUGACUGUCCAAGCACAAAAUGUAUGAAUUGUGCACUAAAGCAUGGGAAAGUAUGGUUUGAAUUUCUUCUUGGAUGCUUAUUUUUUUCCCCCUUACAGACAUAA